GUAGCUAACGUGCGCAGCGACAAAGACAGCGAGCCCGAAACCUAUGGGGAAGGAAUAAAAAAAGAAAUUCAGUAUCGUCGCACUCUGUACUUAAAGACCAUCAUUUUUGUGACGAGGUCGCUGCCCCGGACCCUCGGUGAAGACACCGAAAUUUGACGCGAACUAGGGCGGAUUUUGAAUCAACGCGGAGCCGCCGAAACCGUUGAGGACUGUGGCAACUGGCAGAUUUUCCGUUGGACGGUCUGUAGGCUACAGGGUAUAGCGAGGGAGCCGCCAUGGCAGUCGGAUCAUUGAGCCUCCACAUCGGGAUAUGAAGAGGAACUGCAUGUGUCCCGAAUCGACAAGAAAACGCCGCAUUUCCUUGUGAUCCACUUCCGAUCACCUUUCUCCAUCUUUGUGAGAUUGACUCAGCGCCCAGAAAGAAUUGGUUUUAAUCGAGGGGGCCACAGGGAGAGGCCAGAUUCAUGACUAUUUUAGUCGGUGUCUUCAGAGGCCCGCUGAGAGAAAACCUGGAAUAUAAGGAAGAAAUGCUGCUCUGAUUGACCGUCGGUGGACAAGAAAGGGUAGUUUAUUAGGUGAUACGAGCCACAGAGAAAGGAUAAAGGGAUCUCUUUCUGCCUCUGUGAAUUAUAUUCAUUUACUGUCAUCCUUUUUGGAUGUUCGGCGAAUCGAUCAAAGCCGUUUAGCAAGUCACAGUCUCCGAGUCGAGAGAGAAUCAAAGGGAUCGGAUCAUGUCGGGUCGGCCCAGGACCACAUCCUUCGCGGAGAGCUGCAAACCAGUGCCGCAGCCCUCUGCUUUCGGCAGCAUGAAAGUCAGCAGGGAUAAAGAUGGCGGCAAGGUAACAACAGUCGUGGCCACCCCAGGCCAAGGCCCCGACCGGCCACAGGAAGUGAGCUACACAGACACUAAGGUCAUCGGCAACGGCUCGUUCGGUGUUGUCUACCAGGCUAAACUCUGCGACUCCGGAGAAAUGGUGGCCAUCAAAAAAGUUCUGCAAGACAAGAGGUUUAAGAACCGUGAGCUGCAGAUCAUGAGGAAGUUGGACCACUGCAACAUAGUCCGUCUGCGCUACUUCUUCUACUCCAGUGGAGACAAGAAAGAUGAAGUGUAUCUGAAUCUGGUUCUGGAUUAUGUCCCUGAGACUGUCUACAGAGUGGCCAGACACUACAGCCGAGCCAAACAGACUCUGCCCAUGGUUUAUGUCAAGUUGUACAUGUACCAGCUGUUCAGGAGCCUGGCCUACAUCCACUCGUUUGGGAUCUGUCAUCGGGACAUCAAGCCCCAGAAUCUGCUGCUGGAUCCAGAGACCGCUGUGCUCAAGCUCUGUGACUUUGGCAGUGCUAAGCAGCUGGUCCGCGGGGAGCCUAAUGUGUCCUACAUCUGCUCUCGCUACUAUCGAGCCCCUGAGCUCAUCUUUGGUGCCACUGACUACACCUCCAGCAUAGAUGUGUGGUCAGCCGGCUGCGUGCUGGCAGAGCUGUUGCUAGGACAACCAAUCUUUCCUGGUGACAGUGGAGUGGAUCAGUUGGUUGAAAUUAUCAAGGUUCUCGGCACCCCGACCCGAGAGCAGAUCCGAGAGAUGAACCCCAACUACACCGAGUUCAAAUUCCCCCAGAUUAAGGCACAUCCUUGGACUAAGGUGAGUCAACAGGUGUUCCGGCCGCGUACGCCUCCGGAGGCCAUCGCCCUGUGCUCUCGCCUGCUGGAGUACACACCCACGGCCCGCCUCACCCCUCUAGAGGCCUGCGCACACUCCUUCUUUGACGAGCUGCGCGACCCCAACGUCAAACUGCCCAACGGGAGAGAGAAGCCCUCCCUCUUCAAUUUCACCACCCAGGAGUUAUCCAGUAAUCCCUCUUUGGCCUCCAUACUCAUCCCUGCUCACGCCCGCAGCCAGGCCGCCGCCUCUACCCCAACCAACACCUCUGCCACCACAGAUGGCAGCAGCACAGAGCGAGGUCCCAGCACCACCACCGCCUCUGCCUCGGCCUCCAACUCCACCUCCUGAGCCCACAGACGACCCGCCCCGCCCCGGUCUCAGCCCCAGCCCACGGCCUCUCCAUUGCCCCGGCCAGGGGGUGAGCUCCACUCAGCUCUGCUCUGCCCUGCUCUCCUCCCUGACAGCAGCGGAGCGAUGCUGACGCAGUCUGGGUUCAACAGCUAGCCAACAGCCCCAUGACACGACCACAAAUCAAGCAUCCCUAAAUCUUCCUCUUUUCUCCUUGACUGGCCCCUCAUCCAGCUGUUUGAACUCUACUCCAUCCUCCGUCAAAGACGUCUCUCCGUGCCCUUUCAACAGGGAAGGAAAGCGCAGGGCCAGAGGUGUUGUCGACUGUACUAUUGAUAAAAGUACACUGUACAUGUAUACACAAUGCUAGCCUGCUAAUGUUUGUAAGAGGACAAUCUGUAGAAAAAGUCCUAAGCUGUUCCCCUCGGCCCUCUCCCGAUCUGGCCUUCCUCCUCCAUUUUUCUGCAUCCUUUGACCUCUGGCCCCAUGUGUCCCCUGGCCGAUCCCCCCCUUCGGUUCCUCCUGUAGUGCAUGGCCUGAGUAUGGAUAGGAUCACCCGGGGGUCACCCCGCCCUCUCACUUCUCACCCCCACUUCCGCAGACAAGGCAUGAGGCUCACGCACGGGUAUACACACAAACACACUCAUAAACACACAUCCUCACACACAUGGGUGCAUGAAGAUCCUGAUGUAUGUGGAAAGGAGCAGUCCACUUGCAGGGUUUGGACUUUUUUUUUUUUUUUUUUCUUUGCCUGGGGUUUUUAAAUGGUUAGAAAAGCUGUUUUACUCGACCUUGUUUUUAAUUUUUGUUUUGUACCCCCCCGGGCAGAUGUUUUUUGGAUUGCGAUGGAAGUGACAUGUAUCUGGUCCUGUGUGCUUGUAUAAUAUAUACAUACAAUACAAAACAUGCAUACAUACACAGUUUAUAUAUUACUUUUCCUUAUGUAUAAAAAGUAUAUAUAGAUAUAUGUAUAUUAACUACAAUGGUUCAGAAAUCAUUUAUGGUGAGCUCAUAUCUGGCAGAGCAGUGGCAAUAUUUGCUGCUGCCUAAAGACAAUAGAUUUAGGUAAGGUGGUGUUUCUGUUUUCUUUGCUGGAGUGUGGUUAGAUUCCAGCACUCACUUCCCUGUUCUCCUGUGUUGUCUGUAUUAAGGCUGUAGAUGCAUUUUAGGGCAUUGCUCUAUCCCCUCGUCUUUGUACCGACUCUGUCUGUAACAGUGUUCCUGUGACAGUGCAGUGUCUCGACAAACAUCCUUCCCCUCUUUCUCGCUGUCUCUGUGAAGAAUUCAAGAUGUUUCUUAUCACUUUUUCUUUCCUCGACUCCUUGAGAAGUCUCGGGGGUGGUCCCUCUCUCGGCUCACCUCCCGGCUGUCUCAUGUGUUGUGACCACUGACUGAAGUGUUAGCCUAGCGUUCUUUCUCCUCCACCUGCCGCACAUAGAGCCACUCGGUACAGUCUGUCGAAGCGUCUUAUUUACAGAGAAUACUCACUACAUUCAAAAAAAAAAGAAAAAAAGAAAAAAGAAGAAAAUAAAAAAAAGCAGAAUUUGUAUAUACAGUAUAAAUGCUCCUCACCAAAAUUCUGUAUGACUUGUAUGUUUUUUAUGUUAUGUUGAUUCUUUUUUCCAUGUUGUGUUCAAGGUAUGUAUAUAUGCAGACCCAUGUACUGUUUAUGAGCAAAAACAAAGAGGGUAGGGAAAGAAAAAAAAAAUUAAAAAAACAAAACAAUCAGGGCGAAACUGAUGAUGUUUAUGGAUAUUGUAGAUGAUGAUGAUGAUCAGCUUUAUCCAGCCAUAUGUUCAAUCUUACCUGUACAGUACAGUAGAUGACAGCUGUAUUAUUGUAACAAGAACUAGUCAUGUAUAGUGUAACUAUAGUUUGGAGUGCCUUUGCUUUCAUACACCUUCGCCUUGUUUCCGCUCACCCAGCCCCACCCGCCAUCACCCCCCCCUUCCACCCCCACCCAUCCGAUUGUGACUCUCCCUUCGGUGCUGUUGAAUGUCCUGCUAUCCUGCGACACACUCUCCCACUCACACCCCUUCCCCUCUUUCAUUGCACACUUAAUGUAAUAUAAAGUACAUUGUUAACUGUAAGGAUUAUUUUUUCCUUAAAGAUACAAGUAGAUGAGUGUUUAUUUUAAUAGAUGUUUUAUCUUGGACACACAUGCACGCACAAACAUGUAUACCACAGUCCUGGCACGGGCUCCGGGGCAUGAAGUGGGGGGUUGUGGAUGGCAGCAGGGGUUUAAAAAAGGCCUCAUAUACUGUAUAUAUACAAUACAGUACAGUUUCUGUAUUACUCAGUGUUGGUUCUGUUACCAAAGCCAAACUAAGAUGUAGUUGUGAUGAGCCAUCCUCAGAGGCAGCCAUGUAUCCUGUCUCUCUCGUCUUCUUCUCUCUCUGGAUAUUUUGUUGUCCUCUUUGCUUGUUCUCCUUCCUGUCUGCGUACUUAGGAGGGGGAAUUCAGUAGCACCUAAGGGGUCGAGUCAUGUAGCCUCUCUCCUGUCUCCUGCUUGCUGUAAUUUUGCAUUCAUGAUCGUGUUGCUACUCUCCACCAGAAAGUUUGACCACAGCACCCUAUCCCCUGACUCCAGUUCAAUAAAAACACCACAAAGGUUACCAAAAAAUAAGAAAAGUAAGUAUAUAUGCUGGAGUAAUUAUAUGAUACCAGCAUGUAUACUAGUUUGAUAUGCUAACUGGGGCUAAAGAAAAGAAAAAUCAUAGAAAAUACUACAAAAACAUCCUGUAUAACAGUACUACUACUUGAAUGCCUCUGUUUGUGACUGAAAUUUUUUUCUUUUUUUUUUCUUCUUUUUUUUUCUUUUGUUCUGUGAAGGUAUGCUAAAUGUGCACCUCUGUAAAUAUUCCCUCUGCGUGCUCUGAGGAAUAGUUCCCUGGUACUGUAAUUUGCAUUAAAUAAAGAGUAGGAUAGCCUGGAAAUGAUCAA